GCGAGCACUAUGGAAACGCGUCGGAACGUGUAGCUGCACUUUACGAAACCACAAACGCAGGCACGCUUAUACGUAGCGGUCUCUCAGGCAUUACAUGCACUGCUCGUGAAGGUGUUCGACGCAAUUUGCCGAUAUCCGUUGUUUGCAUGUUCACGUGAAAAGUUCGUUGUCGUCUAAGUUGAAAUUAACGUGCCUUCUCUUGAAAAUGUCACUUCUUGAAGUAUGGUAGUUCUCCUAGUUUCACGUGCCCACUUAAAAACUAAUAAUUACUGCUGUUGACCUAUUUCAAAAUAUUUCAGUAUGUUUAACGAAAAUACUCCGAAGCUUUUCCUGCUGUAUUUUGCCGUCAUUACGCUAACGGGAAGUUCGAUUGCUCUGCCUGAUGAGGACGCCAAGAGAAGCACGGCAGAGCUUAUAGCAAGCAAGGGCUAUCCCGUGGUUCAGUACGCCGUAAUGACGAAGGACCACUACAACAUCACCAUGCAAAGGAUACCAGGUGGACGGAAAGGCACCCGACAAUGGCCAAAAGGCGGAAAGCCAGUGGCCUUUCUGAUGACCGGUCUUGAAUGCAGUAGCGCGGAUUUCGUGGUGAACCUGCCGCAUCAAAGCCUUGGUUUUAUUUUAGCUGACCACGGCUUCGACGUGUGGCUGGGCAACGUUAGGGGCACCCAAUAUUCUAGUCACAAAUGGCUGAGCAAAGAAAACGAAGCCUUUUGGGAUUUCGGGUAA